AUGAGGCGUGGUCCUGGAGAUAACCAUGAUGACCAAGUCCUCAGGAAGGACACUAUGAUUAGGCUCCCCAGUUUCCUCCAUGGUGGAACUUCCAGCCUGGUGUCCACUCUCACCACCAUCGCCACCUUCCCCAUCUACAAGACUGUGUUCCGCCAGCAGCUUCACAGCACCGUAGUCAGACAGGCUAUAGGCCAACUCAGGGAGGAGGGUUUCCUGAAGCUCUACAGGGGGGUGGUGCCCCCUCUACUGAUGAGAACCCUGAACGGGGCGCUAAUUUUCGGGAUACAUGACACCUUCCUCCACUGUCUCUCCUCCUUCACCAACCCCUGCAGCGUCACCCCUCUCUCCGCGUUACCAGCUGUGGCCGGGCUCGGCACGGGCGUGGUGGAGGCCUUGGUGUUCACGCCAUUUGAGCGUGUGCAGAAUGUGUUGCAGAACGGGGGCAAUGACCGCAGCCUGCCCACGCUGAAGAGCGUGCUGGCCCGUCUGGGGGCAGAGAGGCUGGGGAUGGGGUACUACAGAGCCUUCAUCCCCAUACUGGCCCGUAACACCCUGGGAAGCUGCAUCUACUUCGGCCUGAAGGACCCCUUCAGUGCUGCUCUGAGGGAGAAGGGGCUUCCUCCUAUGGCCUCAUCCUUCCUGUCAGGAAUGGUGAUCAGCUCCAUGGUGAUCAACCUGCCCCUGUAUCCUCUGUCUGUGCUGGUGGUCAACAUGCAGGCUGAGGUGGUGGGUGAGGCAGCGGGGGUGAGGGGGAGCUGGAAGGCCCUGUGGGAAGGUCGGCUGAAGAGGAGCGUCCCCCUGCUGUACCGCGGAGGUUCCCUGGUUAUCCUCAGGGGCUGUAUCAGCUGGGGAAUCACCACAGCCAUCUAUGACCAGCUGCAGAGACGCUCCGCACACUGAAACACGACACCUCAUUGCUCCAUUCCAGACAAGGUCUGCGUCACAAAUGGCACCCAAUUCCCUUUGUAGUGCACUACCUUUAGGGCCUUGGUCAAAAGUAGUGCAUUACAUAGGGAAUAGGGUGCAAUUUGGCAGGAAGAACCUCAUAGGGCGUAUGUCAAUAGUCUAAGGUGGCUCCUUUCUCCGGAUCGCUUUUCCUUAGUCUGCCCUGGUGUGAAACCUGAGUGGAGGAUGUGCAACCUGAUAGGGAUGCAUCAUAUUGCACACUUCCGCUAGAAAUUAUGAGCAGAUAAGUGAAGAUGAAAGGAGCUGAGGAGAGGAGGACAUUUUUGACUAUUGAAACGUGCCCUUGGUGAUGACUGCUGAUGUCCUAUGGGAGCUGUUCUGUUCAGGAAUGCAGCAUGUUCUCAAGAAUGGUACAGCAGCUGCAGCUGUGCACCUCUCUAUUAGUCAGGCCAUACACAUUUUAUUAAAUGUUUAAAAAGUGAACAGUAAAACUUUUAAUUUUACAGGUUUUUAUUUUAUUUGUAUGGCCUCAGUCAUCAAUAGUGUCUCUCUGCUAUCAGGUUUUUAUGAGCCAAAGAUUACUGUGCAAUGAUGUUCAAAGGUUCUAUUUCUUUCAGAUGCCUCACUGUUUCCUAUUUUUUAAAGUCAUGAAUGAUUCGAAGCCUAGGAGAUCCAUUUAUGUUCAAGGUGCUCUACCAAGGUUCGUCAAGAUGGACUUGAUAAUAUUUAAAUGAACAACUGCAUAUGAAUCAAAUAAGAUAUGUAUCACUCAGUAUAGGCUUACCUUUCUAUUGUCUUGUACUUGGAUAUCAUUACCAACUUCAGUUUCUCACAAAAUGGACUAUAAGGAUAUCAACUCUGAGAGGAAUACUUGAAUGAUAAUCUUUUGACAUCAGAGAACAUAUCCCAGACUCUGUACUACUAUACAAUGUUGCAUUAUGAUGUGUACUGAACAAAAAUAUAAACGCAACAUGCAACAAUUUCAACGAUUUUACUGAGUUACAGUUCAUAUAAAGAAAUCAGUCAAUUGAAGUAAAUAAAUUAGGCCCUAAUCUAUGAAUUUCACAUGAAUGGGCAGGGGCGCAGCAAUGGGAGGGCAUAGGUCCACCCACUGGGGAGCCAGGCCCACCCACUGGGGAGCCAGGCCCAGCCAGUCAGAAUGAAUUUUUCCCCACGAAAGGGCUUUAUUACAGACAGAAAUACUCCUCAGUCUGCGGUUGUGAGGCCGGUGGGAGCGCAGCAAUGGGAGGGCAUUAAAAAUUUCUUUUUUUAAAUUUAACCUUUCUUUAACCAGGUAAGCCAGUUGAGAACAAGUUCUCAUUUACAACUGCGACCUGGCCAAGAUAAAGCAAAGCAGUGCGACAAAAACAACAACACAGUGUUACAUAUGGGGUAAAACAAAACAUAAAGUCAAAAAUACAACAGAAAAUAUAUAUACAGUGUGUGCAAAUGUAGCAAGUAAUGGAGGUAAGGCAAUAAAUAGGCUAUUGUGCAAAAUAAUUACAAUUAGUAUUAACACUGGAAUGAUAGAUGUGCAAGAGAUGAUGUGCAAAUAGAGAUACUGGGGUGCAAAUGAGCAAAAUAAAUAACAAUAUGGGGAUGAGUUAGUUGGGUGGGCUAAUUUCAAAUGGGCUGUGUACAGGUAAGGUGCUCUGAAAACUGAUGCUUAAAGUUAGUGAGGGAGAUAAGAGUCUCCAGCUUCAGAGAUCUUUGCAAUUCAUUCCAGUCAUUGGCAGCAGAGAACCGGAAGGAAUGGCGGCCAAAGGAUGUGUUUGGCUUUGGGGAUGACCAGUGAGAUAUACCUGCUGGAGCGCAUACUACGGGUGGGUGUUGCUAUGGUGACCAGUGAGCUAAGAUAAGGCGGGGAUUUGCCUAGCAGUGAUUUAUAGAUGGCCUGGAGCCAGUGGGUUUGGCGACGAAUAUGUAGUGAGGACCAGCCAACAAGAGCGUACAGGUCACAGUGGUGGGUAGUAUAUGGGGCUUUGGUGACAAAACGGAUGGCACUGUGAUAGACUACAUCCAAUUUGCUGAGUAGAGUGUUGGAGGCUAUUUUGUAAAGUGACAUCGCCGAAGUCAAGGAUCGUAGGAUAGUCAGUUUUACGAGGGUAUGUUUGGCAGCAUGAGUGAAGGAGGCUUUAUUGCGAAAUAGGAAGCCGAUUCUAGAUUUAACUUUGGAUUGGAGAUUCUUAAUGUGAGUCUGGAAGGAGAGUUUACAGUCUAACCAGACACCUAGGUAUUUGUAGUUGUCCACAUACUCUAGGUCAGACCCGUCGAGAGUAGUGAUUCUAGUCAGGUGGGCGGGUGCCAGCAGCGUUCGAUUGAAGAGCAUGCAUUUAGUUUUACUAGUGUUUAAGAGCAGUUGGAGGCUACUGAAGGAGUGUUAUAUGGCAUUGAAGCUCGUUUGGAGGUUUGUUAACACAGUGUCCAAUGAAGGGCCAGAUGUAUACAAAAUGGUGUCGUCUGCGUAGAGGUGGAUCUGAGAGUCACCAGCAACAAGAGCGACAUCAUUGAUAUAUACGGAGAAAAUAGUCGGCCCAAGAAUUGAACCCUGUGGCACCCCCAUAGAGACUGCCAUAGGUCCAGACAACAGGCCCUCCGAUUUGACACGUUGAACUCUAUCUGAGAAGUAGUUGGUGAACCAGGCGAGGCAGUCAUUUGAGAAACCAAGGCUAUUUAGUCUGCCAAUAAGAAUGCGGUGGUUGACAGAGUCGAAAGCCUUGGCCAGGUCGAUGAAGACGGCUGCACAGUACUGUCUAUUAUCGAUCACGGUUAUAAUAUCGUUCAGGACCUUGAGCGUGGCUGAGGUGCACCCAUGACCAGCUCGGAAACCGGAUUGCAUAGCGAAGAAGGUACGGUGGGAUUCGAAAUGGUCGGUGAUCUGUUUGUUAACUUGGCUUCCAAAAACGUUCGAAAGGCAGGGCAGGAUGGAUAUAGGUCUGUAACAGUUUGGAUCUAGAGUGUCACCCCCUUUGAAGAGGGGGAUGACCGCUGCAGCUUUCCAAUCUCUGGGGAUCUCAGACGUUACGAAAGAGAGGUUGAACAGGCUAGUAAUAGGGGUUGCGACAAUUUCGGCGGCUAGUUUUAGAAAGAAAGGGUCCAGAUUGUCUAGCCCAGAUGAUUUGUAGGGGUCCAGAUUUUGCAGCUCUUUCAGAACAUCAGCUGUCUGAAUUUGUGUGAAGGAGAAGCGGGGGGGGCAUGGACAAGUUGCAGCGGAGGGUGCAGAGCUGGUGUCCGGGGUAGUGGUAGCCAGGUGGAAAGCAUGGCCAGCCGUAGCAAGCAAAAUACUUGUUGAAAUUCUCGAUUAUUGUAGAUUUAUCGGUGGUGAUAGUGUUUCCUAGCCUCAGUGCAGUGGGCAGCUGGGAGGAGGUGCUCUUAUUCUCCAUGGACUUUACAGUGUCCCAAAACUGUUUGAAGUUAGUGCUACAGGAUGCAAAUUUCUGUUUGAAAAAGUUAGCCUUUGCUUUCCUAACUGCUUGUGUAUAUUGGUUCUUAACUUCCCUGAAAAGUUGCAUAUCGCGGGGGCUAUUUGAUGCUAAUGCAGUACGCCACAUGAUGUUUUUGUGCUGGUCAAGGGCAGUCAAGUCUGAGGAGAACCAGGGGCUAUAUCUGUUCUUAGUCUGUAUUUUUGAAUGGGGCAUGUUAUUUAAGAUUGAGAGGAAUAUUUUUAAGAACAACCAGGCAUCCCCUACUGACAGAAUUAGAUCUAUAUCCAUCCAGGAUACCUGGGCCAGGUCAGUUGGGAAGUCCUGCUCGCUAAAGUAUUUUAGGGAGCGUUUGACAGGUGAUGAGGGGUGGUCGUUUGACCCGACCGUUACGGACGCAGGCAAUAAGGCAGUGAUCGCUGAGAUCCUGGUUGAGACAGCGAGUGUAUUUAGGGGUAAGUUAGUCAGGAUGAAUCUAUGAGGGUACCCUGUUUACGGAUUUAGGGUUGUACUGGUAGGUUCGUUGAUAAUUGUGUGGAGAUUGAGUGGUAAUCUAGUUGGAUUGUCGGAUGGCGGGGUGUUAAGCAUAUCCCAUUGAGGUCACCAAGCAGUACAAACUCUGAGGAUAAAGUGGGGGGUGUGCAAUCAAUUCACAUAGUGGUGUCCAGGCUACAGCUGGGGGUCUUUAGCAAUGGCAACUGCUUAGAAGUAAUCAGUUUGCGGAAGUGAUGCUGAGACCAAGUGAAUCAACUCAAAAUUAGGAAGGAGGCUUCUUCACACUGCUAGAAAAUGCAGGGUUGGCGGAGUGUGCUAACGCAGUGAAUAACUCAAACUUAGGAAGGAGGCUUCUGAUGUUAAUGUGGUGCAGAAAACCAAGGCUUUUACGGUUACCGAAGUCAUUACAUGAUAGCUCCUGGGGAGUAGGAGUGAUACUGGGGGCUGCAGGGCCUGGGUUAGCCUCUACAUCACCAGAGGAACAGAGGAGGACUAGAAUAAGGAUACGGCUAAAGGCUUUAAGAACUGGUCUUCUAGUGCGUUGGGGUACAGAGAAUAAACGGGGCAGAUUUCCAGGCGUUGUAGAAAAGAUUCAGGGCAUUAUGUACAGACAAGGAUAUGGAAGGAUAUGAGUACAGUGGAGGUAAACCUAAGCGUUGGGUAAUAAUGAAAGAGAUAGCAUCACUGGAGGCACCGAUUGAGCCGGUCUCGGCGUGUAUGGGGGAUGGAACAAAGGAACUAUUUGAGGCAGUUUGAGAGGGACUUGGGGUUCUACAGUGAAAUUGUAUAAUAAGAACUAACUGGAACAGCAAUAGGCAAGGCAUAUUGACAUGGGAGAGAGGCAUAAAGCAAUCACAGGUGUUAUUAGAGAGAGCUAAGACAACAACUGGUAAUGGCGAUAAAGUUUGGGCUGAGGCUAAACAGAAUAAACAGGACAGGGUACCGUGUAAAGGAACAGUCCAGCAGGCAUCAGCUGUGCAGCUGAGUGAUCAUAAGGUCCAGUGAACAGCAAUAUGUGAGUCCGAGAGCAGUUCAAAUUGGUGCUUCAGCACAGCUAGCAGGGAGCACAGUUGUAGUUUGCGUGUGCUAGCGGGCCGGGGCUAGCAGAUGGAUCUUCGUGGUCGUCGCAACGGGAAGCCUGUUGAAACCACAGACGAUUACGUCGGCAGACCAGUCGUGAUGGAUCGGCAGGGCUCCGUGUCGACUCUAGGAUAAUAAGCUUUUUGUGCGUAUGGAACAUUUCUGGGAUCUUUUAUUUCAGCUCAUGAAACAUGGGACCAACACAUGUUGCUUUUAUAUUUUUGUUCAGUAAAUAUGCCUGAGCAUUAAUACAUGUUUUAUCAAACCACAAUUGAGUUUCACCUUGCAAGUUAUUCUGAAUAUGUGUAUGCAUUUUAUACUGAACUUCAUGCUGAGGGGAGGACGACUCAUAAUAAUGGCAGGAACGGAGCAAAUGGAAUCGCAUCAAACACCUGGAAACUAUGAGUUUGAUGUAUUUGAUACCAUUCCACCAAUUCCGCUGCAGUCAUUACCACGAGCACGUUCUCCCCAAUUAAGGUGCCACAAACCUCCUGUGAUGAAGAUGCUUCUUGCAUUGCCCUAUAGGCUAUGCUGUAUAUAUCCACAAGGUGAUGCUGUGGUAUCACUGUCUGAUUUAUCAAACGAACGCUGCACAAUAUUGUCCCCCCUGAACAUCUCAACUCAUGGAUUUAGCCUGGCCAAUGAUAUCCUACUUCUGGAUGGAUUGGGCCAAUGCCUGAGCUCAGAUUGGUGUUCAUGUUGGUGUGAGAAAGGGCGUGCUUUCCCUAUUUAAACCGGUUAUCCGAUACAGAUCACAACCAGACGUAGUACCUGUAACGGACAUUCUCACCGCACAUCCCCGCACCAGGUAAAUAUUGAUAGCUUUAGUAUACAAAUUAUUAGUAUACUUGUUAUAUCCCUCUAUGUGUUCGUUAGUUAAUGGAUGCCAUGAUAGCCGAAUAACGUUAUUCUGAUGGGCGGUGGUGUUAUUAUGCAAUUGUAAAAAAAAAAAAUCAGACGUUUUUAAAAUGUUUUUUUUUCAGACAGAAGGAAGGGACUGUCAGCGGGUUAUAUUUGAUUGUCAGUAAAGAGUAGGCUAUAGACUAUUUGUUAUUAUUAGGCUAUAUGAUUUAGUGUUAGGCUAUUUAAGGAUGUAUUUUGUUGCUGUGUUGACAGCUCUGCAAUGCAUGCAUUUAACCCACCUGCACCCACUACACAGCAUUCCGUUGUCAACUAGGCUAUUAAACGUGUCUGUGUUUCAUUAUUGUAUGCUUAGGUUAGGCUAAUUGUCAUCAUCAUGGCUAUAUAUCAUAGUUACAGGCCUUGGUGUGAUGUCAUGCCGAAUACAUUUUAAUGUUUUCAGUUGUCGCACUGUUACCUAAAGCCCAAUCAAUGCACGUGAUGCUGACGGCGCAAUGCCAUGCUUCUAGCCUAUAGUCUGCCUAUAGUUUGGCGGUUCAUCGGGGUGCGGUUUUAUGAUAAAAACAUGUUCUACCGGUGAGCUCAACAUGCCUUAACAUGACCGAUCCGUCAAAUUAGCAUAUUUUACUGCAGAUGGCGUUGACACCUAUCAAUUACUCCGUGCGUCUUGGAUAAAUUGGUCUGCUAAAAAAAAAAAUCUAACCCGUCAGACCCAGUUUUUGCACACACGGGCACCUAUAUAAGGUCUGCCUGCAAGCAGAUCAUGAAACUGUUUGUGAGUUCUUAGUUUGUGGAAGUAUAAACUCAGUAUUUGUUCAAAGAAAGCACCAGGAGGUGGUAUAUGAUACACCAUUGGCCCUUGCAUGUGAAAUCACACUGCAAUGUACACUUUCAAAUAGUAUGUUAACAUUUACAUUUACGUCAUUUAGCAAGAAUUGUAUUUGUGUUUGAAUGAGUAGGCUCGAGGUCUACACAGAUCUAAUAGACUAGUAAGUAGCACCUUAACAUCCUAAUGCAUGUAGGUUCAUUCAUUGCAUCCUUUCAUAGAUUUUGAGAAUGCCAUUUUGUGCAGCCUCUCUCUGAACCAGAAAGUACCAGUAUGCGUUCCUGUAUACUAGAACCAGUGCAUUGCAGCAGACCUGAGUGCUUGGGAAACUCUCAGUGAAACAUAACACCAUAAGAAUAGCUCUCUCUCUCACCUGGCUAUUUGUUCUCCUUUGUUAGAUGUUGAAUGGUAAAGUCGUGGGAGUGUGUUAGAUGGUGAAUGGUAAAGUCGUGGGAGUGUGUUAGAUGGUGAAUGGUAAAGUCUUGGGAGUGUGUUAGAUGGUGAAUGGUAAAGUCGUGGGAGUGUGUUAGAUGGUAAAGUCUUGGGAGUGUGUUAGAUGGUGAAUGGUAAAGUCUUGGGAGUGUGUUAGAUGGUGAAUGGUAAAGUCGUGGGAGUGUGUUAGAUGGUGAAUGGUAAAGUCGUGGGAGUGUGUUAGAUGGUGAAUGGUAAAGUCUUGGGAGUGUGUUAGAUGGUGAAUGGUAAAGUCGUGGGAGUGUGUUAGAUGGUGAAUGGUAAAGUCUUGGGAGUGUGUUAGAUGGUGAAUGGUAAAGUCUUGGGAGUGUGUUAGAUGGUGAAUGGUAAAGUCGUGGGAGUGUGUUAGAUGGUAAAGUCUUGGGAGUGUGUUAGAUGGUGAAUGGUAAAGUCUUGGGAGUGUGUUAGAUGGUGAAUGGUAAAGUCGUGGGAGUGUGUGUUGAUUCAAGUAACUGAAUUACAGAACUAGCUAGAGUAGUCUAUAUGGAUUAUACAGGUGUGGUGUGUGUGUGAGGUAAGGUGGGUGUGGCUGGACUUCACCUGCAUGCACUCACCUGUAUUCUAGAUUACAUAUUUGUCUAAGGACUCUCUCUCUCUCUCUCUCUCUCUCUCUCUCUUUCUCUCUCCCUCUCUUUCUCUCUCUCUCUCUCUCGACAUUUACAUUCUGACUCUUUCUCCCUCAGACAUCAUCUAAGAUGGGCGACAACAACCCAGUGAAGCAGGGAGUGGAGACCUUUGACAAGAAGUGUCUAAAGAAGACCAGUACAGCUGAGAAGAACACUCUGCCAACCAAGGAGGGUACGUUUCUCAUGUUCUGUCUCCUUCUUUCCUGUCUCCUAACCUAUCUCCUACCCUUAUUGCUCCUACUCCUAUUCCUGCCCCACCCCGUACCUGUCUCCCUCUCUGUUUGCAGUAGCUAAGUGCCUCCCACUCUAUUGCAACAGUAAGAGCUCUUUGUUCUUGUUCUUUGGCUGGUCAGGAGGAAAAAGUCAUAAAAUACACAAAGGUGUGCCCUUCUACUGUAGUGUUAGCAGUGUGUUAGUGCCCUUCUACUGUAGUGUUAGCAGUGUGUUAGUGCCCUUCUACUGUAGUGUUAGUAGUGUGUUAGUGCCCUUCUACUGUAGUGUUAGCAGUGUGUUAGUGCCCUUCUACUGUAGUGUUAGCAGUGUGUUAGUGCCCUUCUGCUGUAGUGUUAGUAGUGUGUUAGUGCCCUUCUACUGUAGUGUUAGCAGUGUGUUAGUGCCCUUCUAGUGUAGUGUUAGCAGUGUGUUAGUGCCCUUCUAGUGUAGUGUUAGCAGUGUGUUAGUGCCCUUCUACUGUAGUGUUAGCAGUGUGUUAGUGCCCUUCUACUGUAGUGUUAGUAGUGUGUUAGUGCCCUUCUGCUGUAGUGUUAGUAGUGUGUUAGUGCCCUUCUACUGUAGUGUUAGCAGUGUGUUAGUGCCCUUCUACUGUAGUGUUUCUCUUCAUUUAACUGUAUGUAAAGUAGAGGUUAAAUCUUCACAUGUGCAUCCAGGAACAGUACAACACUGUUGAGAAGAACAGUCUACUGUAGUGUUUCUCUUCAUUUGACUGUAUGUAAAGUAGAGGGUAAAUCUUCACAUGUGCAUCCAGGAACAGUACAACACUGUUGAGAAGAACAGUUACCGUAGGUCACAUCUGUACAGUUACGCCCAAUGCAUUCCAGUUAUCAAGUACACACUUGUCUGACUGCUAUCCAGCUGCUUUGCAGAACCGUGCUGCUCUUUUAGUGGCUCCGUGGCCUGGCGGCCAUCAGCUAUUACUGUGGUAUUGAAAACAUUAUGCUGAGUAGUCAUAUAAAACUGGUCUUUCUGGCCCUGUGCAUUGAGCUUGCAGUCCAGCCGCAGUGGAGAGGCAGUCUUAGUGCAGUUAGGGGAGGAAAGGCAUCCUUUUGGUGCAGAAAGGGUGUGGACUAAAGAGGGUUUAGUGCAGUCAAAGAGGGUGUCUAGAGGCAGCUUUUUAGUGCAGACAGGGAGUGUACAAGCCAGGGGUUUAGUGAAGAUCUAGAGAGGCCUUAGUUCAGACAGGGUGGACUAGACUGAAGCCUUAGUUCAGACAGGGUGGACUAGACUGAAGCCUUAGUUCAGACAGGGUGGACUAGACUGAAGCCUUAGUUCAGACAGGGUGGACUAGACUGAAGCCUUAGUUCAGACAGGGUGGACUAGACUGAAGCCUUAGUUCAGACAUGAUAAACUGAAGCCUUAGUUCAGACAGGGUGGACUAGACUGAAGCCUUAGUUCAGACAGGAUAGACUUAAGCCUUAGUUCAGACAGGAUAGACUGAAGCCUUAGUUCAGACAGGGUGGACUAGAUUGAAGCCUUAGUUCAGACAGGGUGGACUAGACUGAAGCCUUAGUUCAGACAGGGUGGACUAGACUGAAGCCUUAGUUCAGACAGGAUAGACUGAAGCCUUAGUUCAGACAGGAUAGACUGAAGCCUUAGUUCAGACAGGGUGGACUAGACUGAAGCCUUAGUUCAGACAGGAUAGACUGAAGCCUUAGUUCAGACAGGGUGGACUUGACUAAAGCCUUAGUUCAGACAGGGUGGACUAGACUGAAGCCUUAGUUCAGACAGGAUAGACUGAAGCCUUAGUUCAGACAGGGUGGACUUGACUGAAGCCUUAGUUCAGACAGGGUGGACUAGACUGAAGCCUUAGUUCAGACAUGAUAGACUGAAGCCUUAGUUCAGACAGGGUGGACUAGACUGAAGCCUUAGUUCAGACAGGAUAGACUGAAGCCUUAGUUCAGACAGGAUAGACUGAAGCCGUAGUUCAGAGGGAGUGAUGUGAGAGAGGAGCAGGAAGAGGGGAGUUGAGCUCUCACCAUGUCAGCAGCCUUAUCAACAUGAACUGAUCCUUAUCCCUGUCUUACAUACUCCCUGAUUCCUCCUUUCUCUGGUUGCGUCCCAAAUGGCACCCUUACCCCUACAUACUGCCCGGCUCUGGUCAAAAGUAAAGCACUUUAUAGGGAAUAUGGUGCCAUUUGGGAUGCAGGCUCUAUCUAUGCUGACCCAAUCCUAACCUGAGAUACCGCAUGCCCACUUCUCAAACUUCAUCAAUCAUGCAUUGAAGUCAGUGGGAGGGAGAUGAUUUGGGUGGAUAUUAAAGGUCCAACGCAGCCGUUUUUAUCUCAAUAUAAAAAUCAUUUCUGGGUAACAGUUAAAUACCUUACUGUGAUUGAAUUCUAUUAAAAUUGUCAAAAAUAGCUUCUUAGCUAAGAGCAAUUUCUCAACCAAUACUUUUUCUAGGACUGUCUGGGAGUGGUCUGAGUGGGGAGUGGAAAACAGACAAUUAGCUGUUAUUGGCAGAGAGGUUUGGAACUCUCUUUUCAUAUUGGUCUAUUAACUCAUUUACCACAUGGUGAUGUCACCGCGGAAGGUCAAAACUCCAUCCCACCAAAACAGGCUGACAUUUCAGAUGUUCUUUUCAAACAGCUCUUACACUAAAAUGGCAUUAUCAUAAUUUUCACAGUAUUAUCCCAACCUCAUAGUGUGGAAAAGUAUAUCAAUUGUUUGUAAGUAGCUGUGUGGUUAAAGGUAUGAUUUGGGUGUAUAUUUAAAAUUGCUCAUUGUAAGUAGCAGUGUGGGUAGAGGUGUGAUUGGGGGUGCAGUAGUAAGCAUCAUGCAGGUUCACUUCUCUGGAAACAUCAGCUGCAAUAACCCCCACCCCAGGACAGAGAACACUGCAAUGCAGGGAGGAACCUCUAGUAAAGAAAUGUAGACCCCCCGAUUUGAAGUAGGUUGGUUAGGCUUUCUAUUUUCAGUUCUCUAUUUACCAGGUAUUUACGUCAGUAUUACAUGCUAAUAAUAUUAAAAUGACAUGACAAUUACUCUGUUACCAUUUUCUAUUGUGUAGUCUUCCAUUUUAUUUCUUAAUGCACAAUAUCCCCAUAAAUACCUGACAAAUACCAGACAGGGCUGUACAGUGCAGUAUUACCAGCAGAUAUAUCAUAUAGCUUCACUCAAACCUCACACAGCGUCACACACCUCUUGAAGAUUUACAGUAGAAACCUGAGGAGAGAGUUAUUGAUAGCAGGAUAAAAGACACUUGACCAAUGACAGGAGGUUGUGCCAGCCAGGCUGAUAACGAGCCAAUGACAGGAGGUUGAGCCAGCCAGGUUGAUAACUAGCCAAUGACAGGAGGUUGAGCCAGCCAGGCUGAUAACUAGCCAAUGACAGGUUGAGCCAGCCAGACUGAUAACGAGCCAAUGACAGGAGAGGAACCAUCUGUCUCACAAGCUGCCUCUCAGCCAGCCCUCCUCCUUCUGAGAGUGGAUUCAUCCUGUCUUCUAUUGCCCAGUGACAGCUCAGGAUUUUAACAUUCAGUAUGAUGAUGUACUGCCAUUUUACAGUAUCUUCCAUUUUGGAUGGGUUGUGGUAUCCUAUUUUGAGUGUUUUGGAUUAGAUUUGGUGAUUAACAAAUAUAGGAUAGUUUGAUUACUCCAUCACAACAGUGUUCAAGACAUAGACUAAUCACUAACUUCUCUCUCUUUCUCUCGCAGAUAUCGAGCAGGAAAAGAAAGCUGAAGAGGGCUCCAAAUGA